CUGAGGGAGCAGACUUGCAAGCCGUUCAGUCAUGAUCUUGGUUAUCACUUUCAACUGAUAUAGGCUGAUCGGACGCAACUGGCGGAUUGUUUCCACAAACCUACAGUGAUUUUCCCUUUUUAGGGCUAUAUCAUCGAGGGGGUGCCUCGUCGGUCUAUCGGGCCGUCCAAAAUCACUAAAUCAGGCCGCUCCUCCGUACCAAUGAAAGGCUUGAAGGUGGCGGCUGGCUUGCUGGCCAGGCUCGGCGAGGCGGAGGGUCGUAGCUUCGCCCAUGCUCGCUACCGUGAUAGUUACAGAGGCAUCUGCUCUCUCGCGAGUAGUAUCAGUAAGCCUAUCGACGACGAUGAUCUUCAAAGCCAGGUGCUGGUGGAAGGCAAAGCUCAAUUCAGGACCGCCAUUCUCAACCGGCCUUUGGUUCUCAAUGCCCUCAACUUGAACAUGGGAUCUAGAUUGAACAAUUUGUACACGUCCUGGGAAGAUGAUCCGGAUAUUGGAUUUGUGGCGAUGAAGGGCAGUGGCAGGGCAUUUUGUGCUGGUGGGGAUAUGGUUGCUGUUUAUCAUCUUCUGAAUCAGGGGAAGCGGGAGGCUUGUAAAAACUUUUUCGCCACAUUAUACCAGUUCAUUUACCUUCUAGGUACAUAUUUGAAGCCACAGGUAGCUCUUCUGAAUGGCGUUACCAUGGGUGGUGGUGCUGGAGUUUCAAUUCCUAGCACAUUUCGUUUGGCAACUGAAAGAACUAUUUUUGCUACUCCUGAAACCCUUAUUGGUUUCCACCCUGAUGCUGGUGCAUCCUUCUACCUUUCACAUUUACCUGGUCAUUUAGGGGAAUAUCUGGCUCUUACUGGGGAGACACUAAAUGGAGUUGAAAUGAUCGGUUGUGGCUUGGCUACACACUACACUCACAGUACAAAGUUUCGGUCAGUUGAGGAGCGGUUGGGGAAUCUGAUCACUGAUGAUCCUUCUGUCAUUGAAACUUCAUUAGAAGAGUAUGGUGACCUCGUCCAUCCAGAUAGCUUAAGUGUAAUUCACAGGAUUGAAGCUGUUGAUAAAUGUUUCAGUCAUGACACAGUUGAAGAAAUCAUAGAUGCUUUGGAAACUGAGGCUUCGAAGACAAAUGAUCCAUGGUGCAACUCUACUCUCAGAAGGCUAAAUGAAUGCUCCCCACUGAGUUUGAAGGUUUCCUUGAGAUCAAUAAGGGACGGUAGACUUCAAACGCUUGAUCAGUGCUUAGUCCGUGAAUAUAGAAUGUCUCUACAGAGUAUGGCCCAGCAGGACUUGCGUGAGGGUGUCCGUGCACGGCUUGUUGAUAAAGACUUGGCACCAAAGUGGAAUCCUCCGAGGUUAGGGCUGGUGACAGAAGGCAUGGUGGAUCAGUAUUUUUCUUUGUUAGAUGGAGAACGUGAUCUAGAAUUGCCAAUACAACAGCGGGAAGCAUUUACAUAGCGAACUCCAGCAGCAGCAUGAUUUCGUGUUUAAUAUUUUGCAAACUGAUGUGUUAGACAGAUCGGGCAAAAAGUCUUAUGUCACUCAGGAUUUUGGGUGCUUAGGCCAGUCAGUCAUUGUAUUUGGAAGUGCCCGUCUAGUUAGGAUGAUACUUAGAGACGCCGAAGGAGGCGGACGGCCUAAAUAGAAUGACCAGAUUUAUCAAGUGUGAGUCAACUUGAUGCUUUAAAGCAACAGUUUCAUAACCAUGUAACUUUCGCUGGGGUCAAUCGGCGGGUUUGGAUUGGGUUCAAUUGGAUUACGGGUUAUGGGUUUGUCAGGUUUUGGGUUUGUCGGAUUGUGGGUUUGUCAGGUUUCGGGUUUGUCGGGUUAUGGGCUACUCUGGUUAAGGGUCAGUUGGGGGUUCAGCGGGUUACGGGUUGGGAGGGUUGUGAGUGGAUCAGGUGGCGGGUUGUUCGUGUCAGCGCAUUGUGUUGCUUACUUUUUUCUCGUUACAACUUACACUCAUUUUUUUAUCUGAAUCGCUAUUCGUCCCCCUAAAAUGCUCCUAAUUUACCCCUUUACCCUCGGCCCAAUUUCUAACCAACAUCACCCGUAAUUUUUUUAAGUUAAUUAAUCAAUCCUCCACCCUUUAUUCCCCAUUUAAAAAGAGGCCGCCAUUAGCAGCUUACAGCUUAUACCCAAUCAUCCUUCAACCCGUCUUCGGAGACCAGAGCAAUGAACAAAGAUUGAUUUCCAGUUUCCCGCUGGCGGCCAAAAGUUCGAGUCCUUGCCAAAUUAAACAAGUCAAGUCCCAAGAUUUUUCUAUGGUUUCCACACUUAACCUUUCCUCAUUCUAAUUGUUCGUUGAAAUUCUGGGUUAGGAAUUUAAAAAAAAAAAUAUAUGGGUUAGGCUGUCAUAAUCAGUCGUAAUUUACUAAACUAAGGAUAUUCGG